AUUCAAAAUUACGGUGUUGCUUCACAAAAAAAAAAAAGGUGAUAGUUUCUCCCAGCUAAAGUGUCAAACCCUAGCCUGAGCUCUUAAACCUGAAAAAAAAAAAAAGGGAACCAGCGUCAAGUUUUCAUGGCUCAUCGACGGUGCCUCCUAUCACUGGCCCGCCACGCCACGGCUAUCAUUUCUCAGAAAAAGAUGCCGCCUCUGUCCGCCGUCGAAGUCCUAACCCGAAAACCGAAUCCGGCAAUAACCAUCCCCAAUUCGGAGCUCUCAUGGUUUAGCUUCUGGUCCCAUUCUCGUCACUUCUCAUCCAGCAAAAGCGAAGAUAGCGAGACCGAAGUGGAAGUGGAAAUGGAAGAGGCCAGCGAUGUGGAAGCAGAGAACGACAACGCGGCAUCGGAUUUAGGUAGGGAUUACUCGCCUGAGGAGAAGGAGACGGAGGCUGUUGCUAUUGGGUACAAAGUGCUGGGCCCUCUCCAGCGUUCCGACCGGGUAUUCAAAGACUAUGAGCCAGUUUUCGCAGUGGUUCAGAUUGGAUCGCACCAGUUUAAGGUGAGCAACGGAGAUUCAAUUUUCACGGAGAGAUUGAAAUUCUGCGAAGUCAAUGACAAGUUGAUUUUGAACAAGGUGCUCUUGCUGGGAUCACCUACCCAAACUAUUAUCGGUAGGCCUAUACUUCCGGAUGCAGCUGUUCAUGCUGUUGUCGAGGAGCAUGCAUUAGAUGCUAAGGUGAUUAUUUUUAAGAAAAAGAGAAGGAAGAAUUACCGUCGAACCAAAGGACAUCGUCAGGAACUGACUAAGUUGAGAAUAACCGAUAUACAAGGAAUUGAAAAACAAGAAAUCAAAACCGAUGGAAAGCCGUUAAAGGCAGCUGUUAAGAAUCCAGAGAAGAUUGCUGCUGCUGUUUGAGAUGGAUUUUCUUCCAUGGCUUGGUUUUGCAAAUAAUGGCUGCUCAUGUUUUCAAUCUCAGGAUUACACGAUCUUUAUACCAGUGGAGAUUGCCAACGCACAUGUUCCUGCGAAGCAAAAAAUUUACCAUCCACCUUUGUGGCAUUAAAGUGUAUGCCCCUGCUAAUUUUAGCUUUUGUAUUGAAGCAGCCCCGUUCACUAACUAAAUUGAUGCAAAUUUUUGCUGCAAUUAUAGCUAAUUAUUCUCUCUGUGCAA